AUGCAGCUGCUGCAGUUCACAAAUCCAUCUUUGUUUAUGCUGCUAACUCUCAGUUUGGUCCUACUUAUGCUUUAUUUUGUUACUAAAAAGGGAGAAGGAAACUCAGUACCAAAUGCUUGGCAAUCCUUGGUAGAGCUUAUUUAUGAUUCCGUGCUAAACCUGGUAAACGAACAAAUAAGUGGUCUUUCCGGAAAUGUGAAACAAAAGUUUUUCCCUUGCAUCUUGGUCACUUUUACUUUUUCGUUAUUUCGUAAUCGCCAGGGUAUGAUACCUUAUAGCUUCACAGUUACAAGUCAUUUUCUCAUUACUUUGGGUCUCUCAUUUUCUAUUUUUAUAGGCAUUACUAUAGUGGGAUUUCAAAGAAAUGGGCUUGAUUUUUUAAGCUUCUUAUUAGCUGCAGGAGUCCCACUGCCAUUAGCACCUUUUUUAGUACUCCUUGAGCUAAUCCCUCAUUGUUUUCACGCAUUAAGCUUAGGAAUACGUUUAUUUGCUAAUAUGAUGGCCGGUCAUAGUUCAAUAAAGAUUUUAACUGGGUCCACUUACACUAUGCUAUGUAUGAAUGAUCUUUUCUAUUUCAUAGGGGAUCUUGGUCCUUUAUUUAUAGUUCUUGCAUUAACCGGUCCGGAAUUAGGUGUAGCUAUAUUGCAAGCUCAUGUUUCUACGAUCUCAAUAUGUAUUUACUUGAAUGAUGCUAUAAACCUCCAUCAAAGAUUCUUUUUUAAAAUUGAACAAAAGCGAGGAGCAAAGCCACUUUACCGAGUUUACGACGUGAAGAAGUGAUAACAACUUCACUCGGAUCG